AUGCCAAAAAGUGAAGAAGAAAAAAUCCAAGAAUGCUACGAAAUUCUGGGAAUAGACAAAACGGCUUCCAAAGAGGAAAUUAAAAAGGCUUAUCGGAAAUUAGCCCAAGAAUACCAUACCGACAAAAUCCUUAAUUUCGCCAAAAAAUCCGGAAAAUGUCAUGAAGAGGAAGGCGGCAAAAAGUGUGGUUCCUUAGAAUAUGACCGCAGAUAUCAUUGUAGUGACGAGUGUCGGCAAUUUUUCGCCGAACACGAGGAAAAAUUUAAACAGGCCACAAAAGAACUAAAAAGAACCAGACAGGUCGUAGCCGAGAACAUUAAAGAACAAUUAAACAGCACCGGAGUUUCUUUAGAAAAAAUUGACGAGCAGGACCGACUAAAUUUACUAACUGGUUAUCGUGCUAAUUAUCAAGAAAUACUUGCUUUUGGGGAAAGGUUUAAGAUUUUUAUUGAUAAUCUUGCCCGUUUUGGCACAACUUAUAGUGAGUGGAAACCAGAAUUUAAGGAGCCUGAGCCAAAUCCAAAAAAUUUUUUUUCUGAUAAUGAAAAAGGUCGGAAAUUAAAAGCAGAGAUGGGGGUUAAAUUAGCAAAAAUGUCCUGGGCCGAAGAAGAAAAACGCAAACAACUAGUAGCCCGAGUAGAGAUAAGAAAAGAAUUACUUGAAGUAGAUAAUUUUUUCUCCCAAGUUAUGGCCGCCAUUCCCGGAGCCUUGGAAAGGUUGAAAAAAAGCGAAGAAGAAUUAAGCGAAACCGCUAGUCAAAUUUCGCCGACUGUUCCAACCAGUUCC